GCACUGAAGCGGGUCACCUAACCCGUGCAGCUCUGUGCAGAAAACCCCGUGGCUCGCUCGAGAAGCCCUCUUCUCAUGAUCCGCCAUUAGGAGUGAGCCUGUGGUGGGUUGAACGCCAGAUGCAGAUUUUCGUGAAAACCCUCACGGGGAAGACUAUAACCCUCGAGGUUGAGCCUUCAGAUACUAUUGAAAAUGUCAAAGCCAAAAUCCAGGACAAAGAGGGUAUCCCUCCCGAUCAGCAGAGGUUGAUCUUCGCUGGAAAGCAGCUGGAGGAUGGACGUACACUGUCAGACUACAACAUCCAGAAGGAGUCUACUCUUCACUUGGUGUUGAGGCUGCGCGGUGGUGCUAAGAAAAGGAAGAAGAAGUCCUACACCACCCCCAAGAAGAACAAGCACAAGAGGAAGAAGGUCAAGCUCGCUGUGCUCAAGUACUACAAGGUGGACGAGAACGGUAAAAUCCACCGACUGAGGCGCGAGUGUCCUGCUGACGAGUGCGGUGCCGGAGUCUUCAUGGCCAGCCACUUUGACCGUCAUUACUGCGGGAAGUGCUGCCUCACCUACUGCUUCAACAAGCCCGAGGACAGUAGACAGGGACACUCUGAGAGGCGUUAGUAAAUAAAGACAAAAAUGUUUUGAAAAAAA